AUGUCAACUACACCAAUGCUCUCAGCUUCUGAGCUGAAGGCGGAGCCUGAGAUUCGGAUGAUGCUCCUGGGUAAAACCGGAUCGGGAAAAAGCGCUACAGGAAACACUAUUCUGGGCAGAGACAUCUUCAACGUCAAAUCAUCUCCCGUGUUAGUUACAGAACACUGUGAGAGACAAAACGGCAUUGUGGGUGAAAGAAACAUCUCAGUCAUUGACACCCCUGGCAUUGCUGGUACCCAGACGUCACUCGACUGGGUGGCCGAAUGUGUUAACCUGUCUGCCCCUGGACCCCACGUCUUCCUGCUGGUGAUCAGGUCGGGCCGGUUCACUGAGGACGAGAGGAACGCUGUGAAAUGGAUUCAGAAGAACUUUGGUGAAGAGGCUUUGAAAUUGACCACAGUUCUGUUCACUGGUGGAGAUCAGCUGGAAGGGAGACCAGUCAAAGAGUUUCUGAAUGAAAGUCCAGAGCUUCAGGCGCUUGUUCAAAGCUGCAGAGGCAGACACCAUGUUUUCAACAACAAAGACAAAGAAGGUCGAAGUCAAGUCAAGGACCUGCUGCAGAAGAUUGGUACAAUGUUAAAAGAGAACAAGGACCAUUUUUACACCUAUGAGAUGUUCAAACAAGUGGAGAUUACCAAUAGGAAUGAAGAGGAGAGAGAGAGAGAAGCAAGGGAGAGAGAGAGAGAAGAAGAAGAGAGAAAGUUUGAAGAGAAGAAGAGGAGAAUCAGAGAGGUUGAGAAGAUGAGAAGAGUGAUGAAAGAGAGAGACAUUAGAGAUGAGGAAAACUGCAAGAGAAUGAUGAUGGAAAUGCAGAUCAGAACCGAGGAAGCAAAAAAGAGAGAGACUUAA